CCGCAGGGUUUUUUCACACUUUUGUAAACAACAUGGCGAUCGACGGAGUGGCCCAGCUUGCCCACUGAUCGAACCCCGCGCUGCUGUGGUAAAACCCGCUCGCUCGCUGCGAAAACACCCCCCCAGCAUUGUGUGGUCGACCGGGCUGAAAAUCCCGGUCCAGCCGCCGAACCCAGCAGGAGUUGAACCGACGAGCUGUCAAGAGGACUGCCCAUCGGCCCUCUCAGUCUAUGGGCUCGCAGUCCAGUUCUGGGAUGUCUUGUGGAAGGGGCUCUUCCAGUGGCAACCCAGCAGACCGGUCUGAAGCAGCAGAACCGAGCCAGAACCAGAGCCAGAGCAACAGCAGCAGCAGCAGCAGCAGUAGCAGCAGCAGCAGCAGCCGAGGCCGCAGGACGGCUGACAGGCAGCAGAGCGACAGGCAGUCCGCUUUCGAGGAGGACGUGGAUUUAGCUGAAGUGCUGGCUUACCUACUGAGAAGGGGCCAGGUCAGAGUGGUCCAUGGCCAUGAAGCUACUGGACUGCAGCUGGUCCAGUCAUACUCUGACUCCGAUGAGGACAGCGACGGAGCCUGGGACGGGCGGCUGGGCGACCGCUACAAUCCGCCAGUGGACUCCCAGCCCGACACACAGGAAGUGGACCGCAGUGAGAUCCGAACGCAGAUCCUCCUGGCUACGGCCUCGUCCGCCUUGAAAAGCCGACACAGUUUCACCCACAUGCUCACAGAGAGAGAACAAGGCAGAUGUAGAGGCUCCAGUUUUUCCCAUGGAGAGUGCAGCCGUAUCCGCACACAUUUUCUGCCAAACUAUGUGUCCCACAAGGAUACUUACCUGCAGAAAGCUUUUUGUGGAGUGUACAGUGAGGAGGGCAACAUGUUCCUCUCCGCCUGCCAAGACCAGAAUAUCCGGCUGUACGACACCACCAGGGGGCGCUUCCACCUGCAGCAGACAGUGAAGGCGCGCGACGUGGGCUGGAGCGUGCUGGACGUCUGCUUCACUCCGGAUGCUCGCAACGUGCUCUACUCCAGCUGGUCUGAUUACAUUCAUUUGUGCAGUAUAGAUGGAGACAGUGAAAACCACACCGCCCUGGACCUCAAUCCAGAUGAGAGGAGGUUCUGCGUGUUCUCGCUGGCUGCGUCAACAGAUGGCAAAGAGAUUCUGGGCGGAGCAAACGACGGCUGCCUUUACGUUUUUGAUCUUGAGCAGAAUAAACGAACGUUGAAGAUCGAUGCCCACGAGGACGACGUGAACGCGGUGGCGUUCGCCGACAGCUCGUCCCAGCUGCUCUUUUCUGGCAGCGACGACGCUCUAUGCAAGGUGUGGGACAGACGGACGCUGCGAGAGGACAGGCCGCAGCCAGUCGGACAGCUGGCCGGCCACAGAGACGGCGUCACCUUCAUCCACAGCAAGGGCGACGCUCGCUAUCUCAUUAGCAACUCGAAGGACCAGUCCAUCAAGCUGUGGGACGUCCGGAAAUUCUCACCCAAAGAGGGUUUGGCUGCCUCCCGCCUGGCAGUCACCCAACAAAACUGGGACUACCGCUGGCAGCAGGUUCCCCAGAGAGCCCUGAAGAAACACAAACUGACCGGCGACACCUCGGUGAUGACCUACCGCGGCCACGGCGUUCUGCACACGCUCAUCCGCUGCCGCUUCUCGCCGGAGUUCAGCACCGGGCAGAGGUUCAUCUACUCCGGCUGCUCCACGGGAAAAAUCGUCAUCUACGACGUCCUGACUGGAAUGGUGGUAUCCAGGUUGUCGGGUCAUGACGCGUGUGUGAGGGACGUCAGCUGGCACCCCUACGAUGACAAAAUCAUCAGCAGCUCUUGGGACGGAGCGGUGCGCAUGUGGGAGCACAGACAAACCCACCCGCUGGAGGAAGAGCGGGAGAGGGAAGAGAAGAGAUGAAGGACGCGAUGACGAGCCCGCCACUGGAACCGAGGCUGCUGGGAGUUCGGAAGCUCAGACGAACCGUGAGCCUUUUAAUUCAAUGCUGGAUAUUAUCGAAGGCCAGGCUGGCACGGCGGUGGAGCAUUGCUUCAAAACGGCUAAAUGGUCCCACCUUAAGAGCGGCUUUGAACGCAGAGGGACGUCCUCUUGUUUGUUUUUGGAUCUUCGUCCCUCCCUCUCUCCGUUUUUUUUUUUUUUUUUGUCUUGUGCAGAAUAAACCAGGCGACGCCUUUCGACUUAACCCGACCUCAAAAUGCGCUGCAAAGCGCUGCAGUCAGAGCGAUAUUAAGACGUAAUGAUAAGUUAGUGCUUAAUAAGUUAGACGUGAUGGAUAUUGCAGGCAGGACAUGAUGAUGAUGAUGAUGAUUCUGUAUACAUGUAUAGUAUUUUAAUGAGAUGUGCAUUGCGGGGAACUGAUGUCGGGAUUUUUCAUUUUUGCUGUGAUGAGAUUUAGAUGCCCAAAAUCCCAAAUACUACGCCUGACCAUAGAUUUCUCUCUUCACCAGUCUGCAACACGACCAGCCGGUCCAAGAUGGCUUUUUAUUUUUUAAGAGUGAUUUUAUUUGAUCUUUUUUGCUAGGCGGCAUCAACCUGUGACAUAUUUAAAAGGUUUGAAUAUGCGUGAUGUUGUGCUGGGACGUGCUCGUGGUUAAUCUCUCUCACACUGAUCUGUAUAUGCAAUUUUCUGUUGUUUAUACAUUUCCUCAAGACUCAAUUUCAGACAGUUGUUUUACAGUGUCAAUAAAAAGAGAAUUUUCUUUGAUUGUA